GCAGCAGCAAGAAGCGCCGCGUGGACGGAGAGCCCGACGGCUGCCCGGAAGCCAAGAAGAGGCUGGCGGAAGCGGUGCCUGCCUUGGGGGAGUGGCUCCUUGUCGCGGGCCAGCCGUCCGGCCCGGGACUCUCUCCGCAGGGCCAGAGCCACCUGCCUGGCCCGCUGGACGUUCCCUGGGAAGAGAUGGAGCAGUCAGCAGGGGAGCUGCAGUGUGAGGCGGCCCGCAGGAAGCUUCAGGAGAUCGAGGACAGAAUAAUUGACGAGGAUGAAGAAGAUGAGAGUGCCCUUCCGGCAGGGGGUGUGUGCACCCUUCCCACCUUGGUUCUUUCCGACACCCUGAAAACAGGACUGAAGAGGGAUUAUGAAGGAGACCUGACGAGGCAAAUGAUUGAGUCCAUGAGCCGCCCCUCCAUGGAGCUGGUGCUUUGGAAGCCUCUCCCAGAGUUCCUUACUGAAAGGACACCUGUUUCUGUGAAAAACUUCAAGCCGCUGAUCACAGGAAGAUGCCCCACGAAACCAGCAGCCCAGGAAGCUGUCUUUUGCCCACAGACGGCAGAGUUCCCUGAGCAGCCUCAGCAAGAGGAGAUGCCUUCAGCCCUCUAUGGCCCCCUGGGGCGCCCUGCAGGUGCAGACGAAGAGAUGGAGUUGUAGGCAAAGAAGAAGGGGCUGAGGCAGAGUUCUCCAGACAUGUUGAGACUGGACUUUUCAGGGAGAGGGGACUGUGAGGACCAUAAAGAGUCUAGGGUGGAGUAGUAACAUGUCUGGAGCAUGGAACAGAAGACACUUUCAGAGUCCCUGUAAAGAAACGUGAUGGGUAGGGUUCGUAUUUUUCCUUUUGGGUGUGACUUUUUUCUUCCCUUUUCAUGGAGUAAAAGUCAGGAUCUGAUGGUGUAGUUCUGGCUCAGACCACCCUCUAUGCCCACCGAGCUACAAGUGUUGUUCUGUUUGGAACUUCAGUGGAGGAUUUUCACCUGCUUUAAAAGGAGAGUCUCAAUCUUGA